AUUCACGAUGGCUGAUCAAAGUUAACGCAAUGCAUUAGAAGCUAAAUACAUCAAACUUUUAAAGGAAGUUGAAGAUAAGGAAAGACAUGUGAAAGAAUGUAAAUUUACAUAGUAAUGAUAUCGUAGUGAGAGUAUAAACAAAAUAAAGGAAAAUUGAGUUUGAAAGGUUUGAAGACAAUAUCAAAAGUUUGAAUAUAAGAGGCCAAGCGGUUGGAGAAAUAUUAAUGAAGAUAAACGAUGAAAAAUGUAAAAAGAUAAUCUUAAUUCAGAUAUUUCAAAAUUGAAUAGUGGACCUAGAUAUGUAGUGGGUGCCAAACCUAAGUUAGAUAGGGAGAAAUUAGUAGUUGGAACAAGAAUAGCACUUGACUAAGAAACUUAUACAAUAGUUAGAAUAUUGCCAAGAGAAGUGGAUCCAUAAGUUUUUCAUAUGGCUCACGAAGACCCAGGAAAAGUUAAAUUUGAUGAAAUCGGUGGUUUAAACGAUCAACUUCGUGUUUUAAGAGAAGUAUCUAUAAAUUAAAGCGUAGACAAUUGAAUUACCCAUAACUAAUCCUGAAUUGUUCAAGAGAGUUGGUGUGAAACCUCCCAAAGGAUGUUUAAUGUAUGGUCCUCCAGGUACUGGUAAGACCUUGAUUGCAAGGUAAAAAUAUAAGAUGAAAUGAAGAGCCUUAGCUUGCAAUGUCUAAGCAAAAUUUUUGAAAAUUGUUGCUUCGAGUAUCGUAGACAAGUACAUUGGAGAGAGUGCUAGAGUGAUAAGAGAAAUGUUUACAUAUGCUAAGGAGAAUUAGCCUUGCAUUAUUUUUAUGGAUGAAAUUGAUGCCAUUGGAGGGAGAAGAUUUAGUGAUGGAACAUCUGCAGAUAGAGAAAUACAAAGAACUCUCAUGGAGUUGUUGAAUCAAUUAGAUGGUUUUGAUGAUUUGGGUAAAGUCAAAGUGGUCAUGGCUACCAAUAGACCAGACAUUUUGGAUCCAGCUCUUUUAAGACCUGGUAGAUUGGAUAGAAGUAUUGAUAUGAUAUUUAACUAUUAGAGGUUGAGAUCCCAUUACCUAAUGAAUAAGCUAGAUAUGAUAUUUUGAAGAUCCACUCAAGAACUAUUACAACGAAAGGAGAAGUGGAUUUUGAAUAGUUAGCAAAGUUAUGUGAAGAAUUUAAUGGAGCUGAUUUAAGNAUACAAUAUAAGAUCAAGAUGUAAUAACCAGCUUCUAGAUUGAUUACUAAUAUCUAUUACAUAAGAAAGAACAUCAGAGUGGUAUUAUGUUGA